UUUGAUCAACGCCUCUUGGGUAUCCACAAAAAUAUGCAUCAAAAUAUUGAGGAGUAUAAUUGUAGCAAAUGCAAUAAGCAAUUUUAUAAUAUACGAGACUAUGAAAUGCAUAUGCAAAUGCAUUAUGAAACCAAAAACAAUAACAGCAACAACAACAAUCAUGUGACGGCGGCAACAUCAAACCCCCCAACAUCAUCUGAUAUAGUUGGUAGCGGAGAAAUCUCCCAAAAUCCAAAUAAAAAACAUGCCUGUCAAUAUUGUGGCAAAGAAUUUCAACGGCCGUAUGAAAAGGUGAAACAUGAACGGGUGCAUACUGGCGAAAAACCCUAUAAUUGUGAAGUAUGCGGCAAGUCGUUUCGUGUCUCAUAUUCACUUACCCUGCAUUUGCGAACACAUACCGAUAUCCGGCCAUAUGUGUGUGCCAUUUGUAAUAAACGUUUUAAACAGCAAUCGGUUUAUGUACAUCAUUUGAAAACCCAUGAUACUGAGCGCCAAUAUAAAUGUGAGGAGUGUGGCAAAGGUUUUCGUACCUCUGUCCAAUUGUGUGGUCAUCGGAAUAGUCACAAGAAACCAUUUAAUUGUACCGAAUGUAAUCGCCCGUUUUCCUCAAUGUAUGCGGUUAAGGUGCAUAUGAAAACGCACAGUAAAAAUAACAAGGCCAAUAAAAAUCUUAGUAAUCGUUGUGAUUUAUGUGGUGCAUCGUAUGCACGAUUGUUUGCUCUACGUAUACAUAUGAAAGAACAACAUGGCAUAGAAAUGGAUUCAUCGAUGGCAGAUUCUGAAUCCUCCUCAUCGCCCGCGAAUAAAAAAUAUAAAACAACAGUAUCGGGAAAUGCCAAAACAUCGUCUAAUAAUAAUAAUAUGGAUUUUAUAGAUGGCGAUGAUGAUGAUGGUAAUAGUAAUGAAUUAUCGAAUCAGCAUGAUGCAGAUUUGGAUGAAACAGAAGCGGCCACACAAACCAUUAUGCCAAAAGAAGAUAUAAUCGUUGACAAUGCAUCCGAACAAAUAAUAAUGGAAUGGUUUCAAUAG